CCGCCCCGCCACAAUCACGGCCGCACGGCCCCGCCGGCAAUCAGUGCCGCGCCCGGCCCGGCCCCGCCGCCACCAUGGCCGGGGCCAUCAUCGAGAACAUGAGCACCCGAAAGCUGUGCAUCGUCGGCGGGAUCCUGCUGGUGUUCCAAGUGAUCGCCUUUCUGGUGGGAGGUCUGAUCGCUCCCAGCCCCACUACAGCUGUUCCUUACAUGUCAGUGAAGUGCAUUGACAUAAGAAAAAACCACCACAAGACCAAGUGGCUGAUGCCCUGGGGAUCCAACCCCUGCGAGAAGCUCAAGGACUUUGAUGAGGCGGUCAGCAGGCAGAUCGAGGCCAAUGACAUCGUAUUUGCUGUGCACAUCCCUCUCCCCAACAAGGAGAUGAGCCCUUGGUUCCAGUUCAUGCUCUUCAUCAUGCAGCUGGACAUCGCCUUCAAGAUGGACAAUGACCUGAAAGAAAAUGCAGAAAUUACCCUGGAUGUGUCCUUAGCGUAUCGUGAUGACAUGUUUAAUGAUUGGGAAGAAAUAGCACAUGCAAUAGAGAUCAGGAAGCUGAAAUGCACCUUUGGCUCCCCAAAAACCCUGGAGUCUGAGGGCCGUCACUACGACUGCGACUUCCUUCCCUUCAUGGAGAUCGGCAGCGUGGCUCACAAGUACUACCUCAUCAACAUCCGCCUGCCCGUGAACGAGAGGAAGGGCAUUAAUGUGGGCAUCGGGGAAAUCAAGGACAUCCGCCUGGUGGGUAUCCACCAAAACGGUGGCUUUACGAAAGUGUGGUUUGCCAUGAAGACCUUCCUCACCCCCAGCAUUUUGAUCAUCAUGGUCUGGUACUGGAGGCGGAUCACGCUGAUGACGCGCGCUCCUGUGCUGCUGGAGAAGGUCAUCUUUGCUCUGGGAAUUUCCAUGACAUUCAUUAACAUCCCAGUGGAGUGGUUUUCCAUCGGAUUUGACUGGACUUGGAUGUUGCUCUUUGGAGACAUUCGACAAGGCAUUUUCUAUGCCAUGCUGCUGUCGUUUUGGAUCAUCUUCUGCGGAGAGCACAUGAUGGACCAGAAUGAGCGGAACCGCCUCUCGGGGUACUGGAAGCAGGUUGGACCCAUAGCUGUUGGCUCCUUCUGCCUCUUCAUCUUUGACAUGUGUGAGAGGGGAGUGCAGCUGAAAAAUCCCUUCUACAGCAUCUGGACCACCGAGGUUGGCACAGAGCUGGCUAUGGCCUUUAUUAUAGUCGCAGGAAUCUGCUUGUGCCUCUAUUUUCUUUUCCUGUGUUUUAUGGUCUUCCAAGUGUUCAGAAACAUCAGUGGAAAGCAGUCCAGCCUGCCAGCAAUGAGCAAGGCCCGCCGCCUGCAUUACGAGGGGCUGAUCUUUCGGUUCAAGUUCCUGAUGCUCAUCACCCUGGCCUGUGCAGCUAUGACAGUCAUUUUCUUCAUCGUGAGCCAGGUGACAGAAGGCCACUGGAAGUGGGGGGACAUCACGAUACAGGUGAACAGUGCCUUCUUCACCGGCAUCUACGGGAUGUGGAACCUCUAUGUCUUUGCACUCAUGUUCCUGUAUGCGCCGUCGCACAAGAACUACGGGGAGGAUCAGUCGAAUGGUGACCUGGGGGUGAGCAGCGGGGAGGAGCUCCAGCUCACCACCACCAUCACCCACGUGGAUGGCCCCACAGAGGUUUAUAAGCUGGCUCGCAAGGAGGCUCAGGAGUGACACCCAGGGGUGCAGUGGCAGGCACAGGACGACGCAGUGCUCUCCUGCAGGGGCCAUGUCUGAUGUACCUUGCCUUUUAAGCACCACAGCUUGUGCAUUGUCACAGAGCAGUGACACCGAGCAGAACAUUUGUAAACUUUAAUAUGGUGUAGUUAUUUCUGGGGGAGGGCUGUGUAUAUUGUGUUACUCUCAAGCACAUAAAUAUCUGCUAGAAAAGCAUUAAUGUCGCAAAGUCGCACAUUCAGAUGUUAGGAGGUGGCAGACCUGACCUCAAGUUUUUGUUGGGCAGCACAAAGCUGGUGCUGAUGGUGAGUGGAUGAGCACUUCUGCUCUUCUCCUUGUGUGUGACUUCAAACAAGGGCUCGGGCUGGCCUCAUUUUUCAUAGAAUCAUUAAGGUUGGAAAACCUCAUCAGGUCCAACCAUUGACCCAUCCCCACCCUGCCCAGUAAAACAUUAAAAAUAAAGAGGCUGCCUGUUUAAGUCCUAGAAGAAGAACUCCCGUGCUCCAUCAGUGGGCUUCACACCUGUUUGUUGAAUACAGGGGAAUGUGAAAACCAGAUUGCAGGAGCAGCGUGUGCUCCUGCCCCAGUCCUCGUUGACCCGAGCUGUGGGCGGUGUUGGGUGCCCCACUCCAGGUGAAGGCACUCAUCUGCUGCUGUGUCUGAAUGACUGAAAUCACUGUAGCACAGACGUGCUGAAUGCUACUUCCAGAAGUCCCUUUGGAUGGGUUUGGAUACUUGAACUGGAACACUGAGCGUUUUUGGUAAGUUUGUGUUUUUGUGAGGUGGGAUGCUGGUGCUCCUGUACUGCUAGUGCAAGUGCUGGGGCCUUCAGCUCAGGUGGCAGAGUGAAGCUCGUGAGCCACGUGCUGAAGGAAACAAGUGCUAGGCAGAGCAGCAGGACGUAUGGCAGCAGAUCUGUCACACAAAGUGAGUUAAAUGCACGCACGCAGCCCCAGCUCCUGCAUUUCCCUCGGCUGAGCGCUCGACUUUGCAACUUUAAUGUUCUUCUUAGGCUGGGUUCUUAUGUGAUAUUUAUGUUGUUCCCAUAGAUGCGUCCAUGGUUUCUUUUACAGCGUAGUAUAGCAUUGCAUUUUUGUAAAGGCUCUUUACAGAUGGGGCAUUGCAGCUUUCAAACCAAAUUUUGUGUCAAACACUAACAACUUGUUUACGGGGCGUGUGUAUGUGUGAGCUUUGUGUGUGUGUGUGUGUGUGUGUCUCCUUUUUUAUUUCUUACUUCCUAAGCCCUACUCAUAUGUCUCAGAAAUAGUUCCUGGAUCUUAUUAAAGUAUAUCCUUUUUUUGUUUAGGUUGAGUUCACUUUUUACAGAAUGCUUUUAAGCAACCUGGAAAACAUGUAGAUUUGUUAAUUUAAAUAAAAUAUACAAUAUUGUGGUU